CGCAAAUAAACAGCGAGGUACGAUUUAUUGCAUGGCUGAACGGCCCACAGAUAUCUCAUCUUCUGCGACGAUUGCUUGCGACACUUCACUCUGCCUGACCCUGCCAUCGCACGAUGUCAUCACACUCAACGUCUACCCUAAAGCAGAUCGCCUGCAUACGUCGCAAAUCGGACAUGACUCGUGAAGAGUUCUUCACUUACCAUUUCCAGAUUCAUGGCUCGAUAUCCGACAAGCCAACGACCCCAGACCACAAGCCACAUAAAUACAUCCAGACCCACUUUUUCGAUGCAGCGUUUGGCUCACGGUCAGGAAGCACUGCUGGGACUGGAAAUCAUGUUUGGACGGGUCGCGACGAUAUGACCGAGCUCUGGUUUCGAGAUUGGGACCAUCUGAAGGCUUGUUUCGGAUCUGAUCACGUCAGAAAGACAAUUGGGCCUGAUGGUGUAAACUUUAACGAUCUCGAAACAGCAAUCCCACUGAUGACUAUCGAAAAGGAGUUGCACUUCGGCAGCGCUGUCACCCCUUCCGCAAGGCUAGAUGAAGGCUUUCGCACAGUCGCUGUCCUCUUUUUGGCUUGCAAAGCCGAAGUCUCCGAGGAGCAGUUUGAGCGAGAAUUGUCGCCUGCUCUGCUCGAGGUGUUGCAGACAUACGCAUCGGAUGAAGUUUAUGGUAUCCAGGCGAACAUCAGUCUACCACAAUCUCAGUUUGAUAUUCGAGCCUACUUCGGUGGCAAAAACAUGCCAGAGUAUCCGGUUACCUACAAGAUCUACAUCAAGGACAGGGGAUCUUUGACGGCCAUUAGGAAAGCCCAGAGAAUUUUUAUGGACAGUGGAGAUAAGCUCGUAGAUGCAAGCAAUAGCUUCAUCGCUUUUGGGAAAGAAGGUCUGGUCUUUGAUGUUGGAAGCGAUCGUAAAUUCGAUCCAAACCGCCAGCCUAUGCUCUCGUACUAAAUGGACAGAGAUUGUUUUUACCUUGUAUAGAAGCUUUAUAUAGAAUAUACAUAACCUUACAUAA